UUUUGUAUAUUGCAAGCGUCGGUCCCGCGGGACCGACGCCGGCCGAACGAAUGCCAGGUCGUCGGUCCGCAUGGACCGACACCGCCUCGAACGUGUGGAAAUCAAGCCGAUUCGAGGCGAGGCGAGGAGGAGAAGCCGCUGCCGUCGCACGAGCUGCAGAGGAAGGUCUGGCUGCUGUUCGAGUACCCGGAGAGCUCGCAGGGCGCCCGGGUAGUCGCGAUAAUAUCGGUGAUCGUGAUCCUCCUGUCGAUCGUGAUAUUCUGCCUGGAGACCCUACCGGAGUUCAAGCACUACAAGGUGUUCAACACGACGACGAACGGCACGAAGAUCGAGGAGGACGAAGUGCCGGACAUUACGGACCCGUUCUUCCUAAUAGAGACUAUUUGUAUCAUCUGGUUCACGUUCGAGUUAUCAGUGCGCUUCCUCGCCUGUCCAAACAAACUGAACUUCUUCCGUGACGUAAUGAACUUCAUCGACAUCAUCGCGAUCAUUCCUUACUUCAUCACGCUCGGCACCGUGAUGGCCGAGGAGGAGGAGACGAUCGAUCUGCCAAAGGCGCCGGUAAGCCCGCAGGACAAGAGCACCAAUCAGGCGAUGUCCCUGGCGAUACUCAGGGUCAUCAGGCUCGUCAGGGUGUUCCGGAUAUUCAAGCUGUCCAGGCACAGCAAAGGCCUUCAGAUCCUCGGCCGUACGCUCAAGGCCUCCAUGCGGGAGCUCGGCUUGCUCAUCUUUUUCCUCUUCAUCGGUGUGGUGCUGUUCUCGUCGGCGGUAUACUUCGCGGAGGCGGGCACGCAGGACAGCUUCUUCAAAUCGAUACCGGACGCGUUCUGGUGGGCGGUGGUCACGAUGACGACCGUGGGCUACGGGGACAUGAGGUACAGAGCCACCGGGGGCGUUAAACCCACUGAACCGGUGUUUUCUUCCUUGCAUUACAGGUGUGGUGCUAUUCUCAUCGGCGGUAUACUUCGCGGAGGCCGGCUCCGAGAAUUCGUUCUUCAAGUCCAUUCCGGACGCGUUCUGGUGGGCCGUUGUCACGAUGACGACCGUGGGCUAUGG